UAUUGUUGCUGUUAAGGCCGACCGACCAUUCAAGCUUUCUGAUUCACAUAUUGUCGACCUCCUUCAAAAACUUUAGAUUUGAGAUAUUGGUUCAAGAAGGGUCACCGCAAUUGUGCUGUAAAAUGGUUUCGCAGAAAUGCUACCAUUGAAAGUGUUCACAGUCUGCGUUCCGAGUCGCUGCCGAGAUCCGACCUUGGUACGAGUUGAAGCCUCGAUUUCGAAGGCCUUCAGUUCUCGGUCUAUAUUGAAUUGAUUUCUAAGGCCUUCAGUGCAUCAUUAAGACUAGCAGAUGAAGUACAUGAAGCCAUUCAACUUGUUCCAUGAUUUGUUGAAGACAAAUGCACUUAAACAAGGGCGUUUGCUUGGUUUGGAUGUUGGUGAUAAAUAUGUUGGCUUAGCUGUUUCAGAUAUUGAUAAUAAAAUUGCAUCACCACUAAGUGUUCUGCUCCGGAAGAAAACAAAUAUUGAUUUAAUGGCCAUUGAUUUUCAGAGUUUGAUCUCUGAACUUUCUCUGGAGGGCUUCAUUUUUGGAUACCCUUUUGAUAGGCAAAGAAACAGUCCUUAUGCUGUGCAAGUGAAGGUCUUCGUUGAUGACCUCUGUAAAACGGGAAAACUUGAAGGUUUGAGGUAUACCUUUUGGGAUGAGUGCUUCACGUCAAAGAACGUGGAAUUAUUGUUGAAGCCCUUGAAUUUGCACCCAGUGCAGUCGAAGACAAUAAUUGACAAAUUUGCUGCCGUUGGAAUUCUCCAGUAUGGAAAAUUACCGUAUGGAAAUAUAAAAGUAAGUUAAUUGUUGAAAUCCACUCAUGCCCUUCAAAUUAUAUGUGAAACACAAUGUUCUCAUUUGCAUUAGAUAUCUGAAGGGCCAAGUAAUUUUUGAUUCUGUGAGAUUGAAGAUUAGCAAAUGGGACUUUAUAAUAGAGAUCUAUAUAGGGUUAGUAUUUCUUUAAUGUUCAAGUUUUUGACAUUUCUUCUUUGAUUAAGGUCAUUUUAAAAUAUUGAGCAUUUUGGAAUUUGAACUCCUCUUAACCUUUCCGACACAGAAUUUCAAUUAAUUUUGAUUAGAUGUUUAAAUUUUAAGAUUCUGUUUAAUGUUACCGAGACUUGAAAUCGCGUUGUCCGGACUAGUAAUUUCUUGAUC